AUGAAGUUCUGUGAAUUUUUGCUCCUUUUGUGUGCUACCGGUCUGUGCCUUGGUACAAAUCCUGGCAUCAGAGUGAAGAUGACACAGAAAGGUUUGGAUUAUGGCACACAAUUUGGAGUAAAGCUUCUGAAACAAAGAUUAAAGAAUGCAAUCUUCGAUGAUAUGAGUGGGCAAGAUACAUCUGGAUUUACAGGACUCAACUAUACCAUUGCAAAGAUCAGAGUCAAUGAUGUUGAAUUUCCAAAUACAUCCGUGUCUCUCAUACCUGGCACUGGGAUUAAACUAUCAGUUAAUGAAGCUUCAGCAAUUGUCAGUGCAGAAUGGAGAGCAAAGACCUGGAUAUCCAGCAGAAGUUCUGGAAGGCUGAUGGUCUUCAUUUCAGGAGUAUCUAUUGUAGCUGUUGCAUCAGCAUCACAGGAUGAAACAGGUCGCCCAAUGCUGUUGCUCGAGAGCUGCCAGGGAAAAGUUCAUGAAGUUAACAUCCAGCUGGAUGAAACCGCCAGUUGGUCAUAUAGAAUGCUUUCUAGUUUUCUGAAGCGGCCUCUCCGUAACAGCUUGAGCUCAAAUUUAUGUCCAAGCAUUGAUUCUGAGAUCCAACGGCUUAAUAAUGAAUUGAAGCAGCAUCAAACCCAAAACCAGAUCGACGAGUUCGCAGUAAUAGACUACUCCCUGGCAAAAGCACCAGCUGUCUUCAGCUCAUCCAUUACCCUGGAUUUAAAGGGGACGGUCUACCCAGUGGGAAAGGUCACAGAGCCCCCCAUCAAGCCAGCCCCUUUCACUCUCCCAGAGACUAUGGACUGCAUGUUCUACAUAGGAGUCUCAGAGUAUUUCUUUCAGUCCGCUUCACUCGCUUAUUUCACUUGUGGAGCUUUCAAUGCUUCUACUGCAGAUGAGCUUUCCUCUUACUUCAAGGUAACUACAGACACUCUUGGCAGCAUCCUUCCCACGGUUGCUGAUCGUUAUGCAGAGCCACUUCCAGUAAUGAUGAACAUCGUAGCUACUGCUGCACCAGUGAUCCAUCUGCACAAUGCCAGUUUCAGGCUUGAGUUAGCCGCCUCCGUGGAGAUGCUGGCUGUCCUGCCAAACUCGACCACCCAGUCCAUGUUCACCUUGAACAUAACAGCCAGAACACAUGCCAGCCUGACGAUCUUUGAAAAGAAUCUGGUACCUGCUUUAUGUCUUCACAGUUUCCAGCUCUCCUUGGUUCACUCUAGGGUUGGCUUCUUCAAGGUUUCUCUUUUGGAGAACUUCUUUUCUUACAUUUUACGAAGUGGAGUCAUUCCAGCUGCUAAUGCCAAACUGAAGGAAGGAUUUCCUCUGCCUCUGUUGGACAAAAUGAUUCUUGUGAAUCCUGCUGUAACGGUUCACCAGGGCUACUUGUUGAUUUCCACUGACGUGUCCUACAAAUCCAGUGACAUUGAGAGACGCCAGCGUGAUCUGCUAGCAAGUCCAGAAGAUGUUAUUGUGAUAGAAGCAUAAGCCCUCACUAUUUUUUUGUGUUUUGAUGUAAGGGGGAAGAGGUAACAGGAAAGAGGAUUAAUAAAACUGGGGAAAGUGUGUGUUUGUGUGUGACAGAGAACGAGACAGAGACAAGAAACCUGCGUAGGGAACUGGCCAUGGUGGGUUGUCAUGUUGUCCAAACCAACCAAGGGUGGCUUAUUUGGGGGCAAAACCAACCCUGACAACCCUCAGCAUGUUCUAGGGAUUGUUCAAUCCGCCAUAGCUUAUCACACCUGAAUGUGGGACACCGCUUCCAUCAUGGACUCUGGGAACUGGCUAGCCAGCAGGUUGGCAGGAGUGGCAAACCCCCCUUGCCAUUUACAAUCUUGGCCUUGCCACCAUCAGUGACAGCCCCUCCUCCAAUGCCCAUGUGGCAUUUGGGGGUGACUCUCUGG